UUGAGCCAUGGCAAUUGUUGAUAAUCAACUGGAGUUAUUUUUUUCCUUUAGAGUAAAAUAAUUUCAAGCCAGGCCCUUUCCCCCAGGGGGGCUUUUGGACCAUACCACAACGAACAUAAGAUACCGACUUGCAUGAAGGGCUAAUGGAAAACCCAAGGGAUAUGGCUGAGCACACACACCGCUCGGAGAGGAAGAGAAGAGAUUCGUUCGGGAUGUUUGACGGGUAUGACAGCUGCAGUGAAGACAGCAGUAGCAGCUCCAGCUCAGAGGACAGCGAGGAUGAAGUCCCCAGCAUGCCCGCCAGCCUGCCAAUCAUCAAAAACAACGGCCAGGUGUACACCUAUCCUGAUGGAAAAGCAGGAAUGGCAACCUGUGAGAUGUGUGGUAUGGUUGGUGUACGAGAUGCUUUCUACUCUAAAACAAAGAGAUUCUGCAGUGUAUCCUGCUCUAGAAGCUAUUCCUCCAAUUCUAAAAAGGCCAGUAUACUGGCAAGACUUCAGGGUAAACCACCUACGAAAAAAGCAAAAGUCUUACAGAAACAGCCAUUAAUGGCAAAGUUGGCAGCUUACGCACAGUAUCAAGCAAAUCAACAGAACCAAGCUAAAUCAAAAUCAAUGGUUCCUGUUGAAAGCUUUGACUGGGGCCAGUACGUUUGUAGCAAUAAUCUUGUUGGGGCACCAGUCAGCUGUUUCAAACAUGUGCCCAUGGGUAUGUGCUGGGGUGACAUAGCAGAGGGGAUGAGGGUGGAGGUCAUCAAUUCUGACACAAACCUCUCCACAAAAGUUUACUGGGUAGCAGGGAUUGUCAAACUGGCAGGUUUUAAAGCUCUUCUGCGCUAUGAGGGUUUUGAUAAUGACUCAAGCAAAGACUUCUGGUGUAAUCUGUGUAUCCCAGAGGUCCACCCUGUUGGAUGGUGUGCUUCUAGUGUAAAGCCACUGGUGCCUCCGAAAUCCAUCCACCAUAAGUAUUCUAACUGGAAAGCGUUUCUUGUGAAACGACUCACUGGAGCCAAAACACUUCCACCAGAUUUCGCCACAAAGGUUCACGAGAACAUGCAGUACCCGUUUAAGAAACUGAUGCGUGUGGAAGUUGUGGAUAAGGCUCACCUGUGUCGAACUCGCGUGGCCCUGGUGGAACAGGUGAUUGGUGGACGUUUGCGCCUGGUGUAUGAGGAGAGCCAGGACGGCACUGAUGACUUCUGGUGUCACAUGUACAGCCCACUCAUCCACUCCAUUGGGUGGUCACGUAGCAUUGGACACCGUUUCAAAAGAUCUGAGGUGACAAAGAAAAUGGAGGGUCAGAUGGAUUCUCCCUCACAGUUGUUUCUUAAGAUUAAGGAUGUGGAUCAGAGUGGGGAAUGGUUUAAAGAUGGAAUGAAGUUAGAGGCAAUAGACCCUCUAAAUCUCUCUGCUAUAUGUGUUGCUACUGUAAGAAAGGUGUUGGCAGACGGGUACCUAAUGAUUGGGAUUGAUGGUUCUGAGGCUGCUGAUGGGUCAGACUGGUUCUGCUACCAUUCAACCUCUCCCUCCAUCUUCCCAGUCGGCUUUUGUGAAAUCAACAACAUUGAGCUCACACCCCCAAGAGGGUACACCAAACUCCCUUUCAAAUGGUUUGACUACCUCAGAGAAAUGGGUUCAAUUGCAGCUCCUGUGAAACUCUUUAACAAAGAAGUACCGAAUCACGGCUUCCGUAAAGGGAUGAAGCUGGAGGCAGUGGACCUGAUGGAGCCGCGUCUGGUAUGUGUCGCCACAGUAACCAGGAUUGUCCACAGACUCCUGCGCAUUCAUUUUGACGGCUGGGAGGAUGAGUACGAUCAGUGGGUGGACUGUGAGUCUCCAGAUCUCUACCCUGUAGGUUGGUGCCAACUGACUGGCUAUCAGCUGCAGCCGCCUGCCACGCAGACCGCAAGAGAAGCACCGCCAAAUGUCUCGAAACAGAAAAAGAAGACUGCACAGUAUAAAGGACAAAAGAAAAAGAGGAAGAUUCCAGUUGGGAGGAGGCCGAUCGGUUUGGGUGGGCCUCUGAGGAGGAGGAGCUUCUCGGGUGAUGAAGAGCAGACUCCGCCCCAUUACCUGUCCCACUUCUCUGGGUCCGGGCGACCUCCCACCUCAGGUGUAGAGCAUGAUCGCUCUCUCAACUCAGAGGCCUCACUGCAGUUGAAAGAAGAGACUCCUGAGAUGGACGAGUUCACCUUCUCGCAGGGCAUCUCAGACCAGGAGAGCAACGGCUCAGGCAGUUUCUACAUCAGACAGGAGCCCUGAGCAGCAUCAGCCAUCACAGCGCCUCACCUCACUGCCAACAGCACUGGAAAAAUCCCACUCGGAGCGAUGCACACGAGGCCUGGAAGAAGACACAGUGGCUUCCCCUCACACCAGGUCUCUCUUUUUGUUUUUGUUCCUUUUCAAGUUUGAAAAGCUUGAAGAAAGGACUUCUCAGUCAUUGAUCCGAGAGAGAAGGGUGUGUAUACGAGGGGAUUUCGUUUGAAAUGGGGAUACUGUUUUUUGUUGAAACAAUUUGCCCGAUGGACUUUUUCUCCUCAGUGUUCAUUGUACUUGAAGUUUUCUUCACUUUUUUUUCUGUCUUUAUUUCCCCUUUUGGUGAGAAGAAAAAAAAAAAAAGUUUUUGGGGGUAAGAUUUCAGUACCUUGUAUGUUUCUCGUGCUGUUUCAUUUGUUCUGGAUGGGUGUGCAUUUGGUAAGAGUAGUAAAAAUCUAUAUCGAGACAGUAUAUUCAUAUAUGUAUGACAUUCAUAUUAAACACACACAUAUAUAAAUAUUUAAACGUAUAAAUAUAGUAGUGGAAUGAGGGAUGAUGGUAUUGAAAUCAAACCUUACUGGUAUGAAGAGUAGACUAAUGGAAAACACUCACAAUUUGCACUACAGGGAUAAAAAAAAUUUACGUUUUGGCCUGUAAAACGAUAGUAAAAACCUGCAGCUUUAUUAUAUUAUGUGAUUAACAAACAUAAUUAUAGAAGUGGGAUGUGCUCAAGUCAAAGUGAAUAUUGUGAUAUGCAAAAAAACAAAACAAAAGUUAUCAUUUGACGCUGAUGUUUAUGGUUUUAAUUUGUUCUAAAGAGCCAUUUUUAUACAGGCGGUCAGAGUAUUUUGUGAGCCGUCGAAUAAACCGCAAGCAAUCACUGCUACCUGAACACUACCUUCCUGUCAUCUUUGAUGUUGACGGCACAGCAGAGGAUUCUUCUGGUAGACUUUCUAGUAGUAUUGCGAGUCUCUGAACAAUACAGCGCCAGCUUGUUUGUUUACCAGCCUCUUUGUUCGUGCAUCUGCGAGGAAUCGCAUCACAUCCCAUGCAUUUUUCUUAACUCACAGCAUUCAUUCCAGAAGAAAACCAUUUUUACUACCUCUAAAAGAAAAGGUUGAGGAUUCAUGUGGUUCCUCGGCCUCGCUAAGGUUGCAAUAGGUAGUUUUCAUGCUCCAUUUGAAAGGGUAUAUUCAUUAUAUUUUAUGCAAAUGGCAACUAUUCACACUUGGACACAUGGCUUAUUUCACUUUAAAAGUCUACACAUCGUUUAUAUUUGUAUCAUAGCAUAGAGUUCUUGAAAUGGAAAAGAAAGUUAUGCAAUAAUAAUAUCUGUUGUUUUAUGAUGUCUUACUCUGAAAACAAAAAUCACACAGCUCAUAAAUAUAUAGACUAGAAACAUUCUAUCGACUUCAAACAAAAAUAUUCUUACAAUAUAUUGCAAAACUGUGACAAUUUUCUACGAGCUAGACUUGAGCUUUCCCUCUUAUAGAUCGUUCUGAAUGUAAAUAACCUUUAUAACAUCCUAUAGAAUCAUCAACCGAUAUAACAUUUGCAUAGUGGUUUAUCUUAGUAUAACUAUAAGCUCUAUUCAAUACCAGUAAGGUUGUUGGUGAACUCUCAGGAAACGUAUCUCAUCGACUUCUGCUUUAUUUGAAGGUUCGCGGCUAUUGCUUCUAAGAUCAUCCAAUUCUACUUUGUUUCCAAUAUUUGAAGCUCCUGACAAAUGUGACCAUGUCCUUGUUUUCCUCUGGUUCAUCUUUGCUUUGCAUUCAUCAAAUGCCGAGUACAUUUUGUAAAUGGUCACCCACAUGUUGUAGUUAGAUCCAUGUUAAAUUAUGGUUUGUUGUAUAAAGAACCCAUGUUUUUUUCCCCUUUCUCU